AUGUCGUCGCCGGGACUGGGCAUGCGCCGGCCGCCCCAGCUCCCCCUCGCCGCCCGCUCGGCGCUGGCGUCGCCCCAGCUACGCCUGCUGCCGACGCCGCUGGCCCCGCUGCCGCUGUCGCUGACGCUGGGCUCCCACCCGUGGCUCAUGGACGAGUUUGUCGAUGUUAUCCGAUUAAUUGAGGAGCUGUUCUUUGUUUCAGCCUUGGGAAAUACCAAGGAGGCGCUCAACACGUUGUACCAGGCGAUUAAGCUUCUCAACCAGCUCGCACGCGACGAAUACGAUGUCGAGGACAUAUCUCGGUUUUGCAUGAACCAUUAUGAUAAAAUCAAGCUGAAACAGUAUACCGUGAGCCAGCGACUCCUAUGGUUGCUGCUGCGGCUCGCUCCCGUUCGCAACCAGAGACUUCUGGUGACUACUCUUCAACUGAACACCUCCAGUCUGAGCCGGGGGCUGAACGGAGUGGCCUCAGCGAUUAGCGAUUUGCAAAUCAGUGAUGAAGCGACCUAUACUCUUCCGCCGUUACUCAAUUUCAGUGCUAAGGAGCUGCUGCUUGAGUUUGACCGUGAACCGCCCCACGACUCCCAAUUGCUCCCAUUGCCAAAAGAGAUGGACGCCGAGUUCCAGAGGAUCCAGUUCUCCCACUGGGCUCCGGCGACAUCGGACUUAUACCAGGAUUUACUCCCAAACUGUUCGUUUGUGUCGCUGCUAUUACUGGUGCAAUCUAAACAGGACCUCCUUCUCCAGUUGUUACCGCAUAAACCGCUGACCAACUACCGUGUUAAACUUCACUUUAAUGGGUGUUGGCGGAUAGUCACUGUGGACAAUUCGUUACCGCUUAUACGACGACUGGCACGACUGCUUAUUGUGAGACUGCUUUCCGACCCUUUAUUGAUGUGGCCAGCCUUAAUUGAAAAGGCCUACUUGAAAGUUAUGGGCCAAGGGUACGAGUUUGCGGGUCUGAAUAUGGCUCGCGAUACCUAUAUGCUUACGGGGUGGGUGCCGGAAAUAGUGGUGAUUAAACACUUCCAACUCCCGCCAGAAUUCGAUGACGUGUGGAGCCAAAACUUACUCGGAUAUUGUACGGUUGGCGUGGGCACCGGAGCCCUUUCCAAGGAAUUAGGGGAGGAGCUUAACCUCACGCCUAACCACGAUUAUGUCGUCGAGUACUACGUGAAGACCAAACAGGAAAUCACGGUGAAAAACCCGUGGGGAGCCAAAGACCGCGAGCGCCUCGUCACCAUCCACAACCGGUGCCCGUUCCAAUACUUGUACAUAAACUGGGACGUCAAGCGGUUGUUUAAAUACCUGCGACAGGUCAACUUCGUCUACCUGGCCCAGGACGACGCCACCCUCGUGUUGGAUGCCCCGCAGUACUCGUUGGUCAACCCCACCAAUGAGGAGUUGUCGGUGUGGGUGUUUUUGGAGUCACACUUACUGGCAGCCACUUUAGCCCGCCCUACUCACCAUACGGUGGGGUUUUCCGUGUAUAAGACACUACACGGGGAGCGGGUGCUUCUGCCCACUCAGUACGUGCGGGCCAGCGAAGCCCAGACAUCGACCAACGACCACUUACGCUUGGUGAAGCUUGUGGUGGCGCCUAAUCUGAGCUACACCAUGGUGACUCUGUCGAAUAUCACGGGGACUUUCUCGCUUACCGUGUACGAUAAUGUUGGCUUAACCUUAGAGUUUGGCAAGGCGAGCCAUCUAUACCCUAAUGUCCAUCUGCUCGAUGGUAAUCUCGACUUCCGCAACCUGGGAGGGCUGUGGGCGCAUCUGCUGUACAUCUAUAACCCUCAGUGGGACGUCCAGGUGAAGGACGACGAUGUUGUGGCGGUGGUGGCGGUGUUUGCUGCUCGUUUGGAUACGAUGAUCAACGUCCACUUGUUCUCAGCUGACGGGGCCAAUCGUGGUCUCCCGAUUAGAACUUUCGAUAAGGCGAGACUCGUGGCCAAUGAGAACUAUAACCCGGGCUACCAGCUUUACCGGUUCGACCAUUUACCCCGGGGACUGUAUAAGAUGGUGGUGCUGGCGUAUGACCCUCGUGUGGUGGAGAAAUUCAAAGUCUACUUCACCUAUCUGGGUACAGAUAAGACGCGGGUGAGUGUCCACCCGAUCCUGACGCUGCUUGGUCUUUUCGUCAAGCAAAUGCUGUUUGAUUGGGAGAACCGGAACCGGUGCAAGAUCGGGUUCCGCACCGAGAACUUCAACUGUCGGUUCACUAUCCAUGUCACCAAUUAUAGUGAUGAUGCCCUGAUAGUUCCGGGCCUGCCUCCGUUAGCCCAGACGGCGAUGGUGGAGCUCAUCACCAGUUAUCGUCCCGCGAUCAGAGGCCUGGUGUUCGGGGCCGACAACGGCGAACCGGUACAAGUGAACACCGAGUGGGACAACUCGGUGUACGGAUUAUUUAUAGACGUCACCAUCGGCAACCCCGGCACCUAUAUCUUACUAUUGGAGCGGUUUGAGCCCAACCGGGGGCGGUGCGUGGUCGAGUUUGGCUGUAACAAGACGUUUGACAUUGCUGGUUGA